CUUUCUUAGGACCUGCUAAAGAUAGGAGAAAAGGGAAUGAAAACCUCUUUCAUUUGUUGACAGACUCAUUUGCACCAUAUUUUGGGGGAGGAUUUGUGUGUUUCUAGUGGAUGGGCGGUGGACUUUGGGGGAGAGUAAAUGGGUUGCGUUAGCUCCAAAUGGGCGGCGUCCCCUUCUCCUCCUCCGUCUCACAUUAAUUCAGGAGGAGCAGCAUUAGCUCUUCGCAAACACCACCGCCGCAGCAGCUCUAGAUCCAGCAGCUCUUCCCGUAAGAAGGGUUCUUCUGCAUUUCACAAACGAGGUGAAUUUGUAGAACUAGAAGGAAUAAAGGAAGAACCUGAAGAUGAUGAUGAAGAAGAGGUUCAGGAGCUCAAGAAGGCUGUUGAAUUAUUAGAAAGUGUCCCCCGCUCUCGUGAAAUAGUACUCAAGUCCAAAUCUUUGAAGAAUGUAGGUGUUGUUAACAUUGAGAGAAGGCCUUCCUUCGGUUUGAGAUUCGGUAGACAAACCCAGGCUGAGCAAAUUUCUGCCGGUUGGCCUUGUUGGUUGAGCGCUGUUGCUGGUGAAGCCAUCGAUGGCUGGCUUCCACUCAAGUCCGACUUGUAUGAGAAAAUGGACAAGAUUGGACAAGGCACAUACAGCAAUGUGUACCGUGCUCGCAACAAGGAAACCGGAGGAAUGUUUGCUCUAAAAAAGGUUCGAUUCGACGCUUUCCAACCGGAGAGUGUUAAGUUUAUGGCACGAGAAAUAGUCAUCCUCCGCAAGCUCAAUCAUCCCAACGUCAUGAAACUCGAAGGGUUAAUUGCCAACCGAUUAUCAUCCAGCAUCUAUCUCGUAUUUGAAUACAUGGAACACGAUCUUUCCGGUUUAUUAUCCUGUCCCGACAUCAAGUUCACCGAUGCCCAGAUAAAGUGCUACAUGCAACAGCUAUUACGUGGUGUUGAGCACUGUCACUCGCGAGGAAUAAUGCACAGAGACAUAAAGACGUCCAAUAUUUUGGUGAACAACGAAGGGGUCUUAAAGAUAACAGAUUUCGGAUUAGCCAAUAAUAUUUCAGAGCAGAGGCAGGACCUAACCAGCCGUGUUGUGACAUUGUGGUAUCGUCCACCCGAGCUAUUACUUGGAUCGACGAGCUAUGGUGGAUCCAUCGAUUUAUGGAGCGUUGGAUGUGUUUUUGCCGAGCUUUUCAUUGGGAGACCUAUUCUCAAGGGCAGAACAGAGGUUGAACAACUUCAUAAGAUCUUCAAACUCUGUGGUUCUCCACCCGAAGAUUAUUGGACCAAGUCUAAACUUCCUCUUGCAAGUAUGUUCAAACCUCAACAACCUUAUACAAGCACACUUGAAGAGAAAUGUAUCCAAUUCCCACAAAGCGCCGUGAGCCUACUACAAACGUUACUUUCCGUUGAUCCUAUUGAUCGCGAGUCUGCUGCAUCUGCUCUUGAUUCCGAGUAUUUCAAGGUGAAGCCUUUUGCAAGUAUUCCAUCUAUGUUGCCAAAGUAUCCACCGAAUAAGGAGAUGACUGCUAAAAUUCGCGAAGAGUGGAAAAGAAAGGCUGCUCAUGUUAGAUCACGAGCUGGAGAGAGAUUCUACCAACAAGAUCAAAGGGAGGAACUAAAGUCAUAUGAUACAAGAUCAGAAGUCUCUCAAGUGUCGGAUGUGUCUGAAGCAGACAGCGUUCGUUCAGUUCCCCUUGCUCAAUCCAGUAGCUUCAAUAUGACGAGAUUAUUAAGAGAAGAGGAAAGUAUCUUCUCCAGAAAGUUACAGCAACAGGAAGAAGGACACAAUAAAAUGGUAAGAGCUCCAUUCUCAGGACCCAUACUGUACCAGGCUGAAAGAUUUUGAAGCUAGUCAGUCAGUGAAAUCCUGCACGUUUGUAAAUUGGGAAAAAGCAGAAAAGAGUGAAAUCGCUCUAUUCUUCCUUCUUCUUCUAUGUCAAUCAUGAAUUGAAGAAAUUGAAAUAGUUGAUGCAGGUUAAUUUUUCCCCUUUUUCUUUCUUUCUUUCUUGCUCUAGCUCUCCUUGUUUUUUUAUCUUGGAUGAGUUGAAUCAAUCGAAUCCCAAAAACUAUAUAUUUGUUAUAUAUAUGGUUAUGGCGGUAGCACAUCGGAGAGGAUGCUGCUUUUGUAGUGUUAAAGCUUCUUUAUGAAUACUAACUAACUACUACUUCUAGUACAGUAUUCUCAAUCUGUCUGUAAUCUUAUAUCAAUGAAUUGUGUUCAUUUGCAUUUA